AAGACAUAACGUCACCUUCUGCCGGUCACAUCUUCUCCCUGAAUGGACUGACUGUUCCACAGCAGAUCCGCCUUCCCGGCAUAUUGGCAGCGUGCAUGGUGGGCGGGUGUUGCUAUGUAGCGGUUUUGCAGGAGCCUAACAAUGCUAUCUGGGGGGGUAGGCUCGUCGGCAAGUUGUUUAUACCGGAGGAAAAAUAGCGGUGAGCAGGUAGAGAAGACGUGCAUGCUUUAGGAAAAGGCGGGGAAGGGACUAGACUGGAGUGUGAUACCGUGAGACCGCUGCAGUCAAACCAUCUGGUCAGGCUGUGGAAGCUGACCGGGUGACUGACUGCACACGUCCGUACGAAGAUGGCCGACAGUGGGGAGGUGGAUGAUAGGCCUCCUGCACCCCCACUGAGGAACACCAGCGCCAUGAUCGGGGCCUGCGUUAAGGACUCCACUCCGCUCGGCCACGGCAUCAGACCUUUGCCGCCAAACCCCGAGGAUAAGAAAAGGAAGGAUCGCUCAAUCCGCUCCAUUCUCACUGGCGGCGGCGACAAGACCAAUAGGAAGAAGGAGAGGCCUGAGAUCUCACUGCCUUCAGACUUUGAGCACACCAUUCACGUGGGCUUUGAUGCAGUGACUGGGACAAGAUGUAUCUGCACCCAGGGAAUGCCGGAGCAGUGGGCCCGCCUCCUUCAGACCUCCAACAUCACCAAGCUGGAGCAGAAGAAAAACCCGCAGGCCGUGCUGGACGUGCUCAAGUUCUAUGACUCCAAGGAGACCACCAACAGCCAGAAGUACAUGAGCUUCACAGAUAAAAUGCUGGAUAACUGCAAUUCUUUAAAUGUUCUGACCGCCAAGGCUACAUCUGAGAACCUCUCCAUCAGCACUUUCUCGGAGGAUGAGGAGGACGAUGAUGAAGAGACCAUGCCGCCACCGGUGAUCGCGCCUCGGCCGGAGCACACCAAAUCGAUAUACACCCGGUCUGUGGUCGAGCCCACACCUCUCACCAAAGAUGCCGCGACUUCGCCCACAUUGCCCACCCCGGAGACCAGCAGUCCCGCCCCGGCACCGUCUUCCUCCUCGCCCUCGGUGUCGACCCAGCAGCCACGAGCCGUGGACAAAGCCCGCAGGAAGAAGAUGUCCGACGAGGAAAUCCUGGACAAACUACGCAGCAUAGUCAGUGUGGGAGACCCCAAAAAGAAGUAUACUCGCUUUGAAAAGAUUGGACAGGGAGCAUCAGGAACAGUUUACACUGCCAUAGACAUCGCGACAGGACAGGAGGUGGCCAUCAAGCAGAUGAACCUGCAGCAGCAGCCCAAGAAGGAGCUGAUCAUCAACGAGAUCCUGGUGAUGAGGGAAAACAAGAACGCCAACAUCGUCAACUACCUGGACAGUUACUUGGUAGGGGAUGAGCUCUGGGUGGUGAUGGAGUACCUGGCUGGAGGCUCCCUAACUGACGUUGUAACUGAGACCUGCAUGGAUGAAGCACAGAUUGCUGCUGUGUGUCGAGAGUGUCUGCAGGCCCUGGAGUUCCUGCACUCGAACCAGGUGAUCCACCGGGACAUCAAGAGUGACAAUAUCCUACUGGGCAUGGACGGCUCCGUUAAGCUCACGGACUUUGGCUUCUGUGCCCAGAUCACCCCUGAGCAGAGCAAACGCAGUACCAUGGUGGGUACGCCUUACUGGAUGGCCCCUGAGGUCGUGACCCGGAAGGCCUAUGGGCCCAAGGUGGACAUCUGGUCCCUGGGCAUCAUGGCCAUCGAGAUGGUGGAGGGGGAGCCUCCAUACCUCAACGAGAACCCGCUGAGGGCGCUGUACCUCAUUGCCACCAAUGGCACGCCGGAGCUGCAGAACCCAGAGAGGCUGUCCAGUGUCUUCCGGGACUUUUUAAAACGCUGUCUGGAGAUGGAUGUGGAGCGGAGGGGCUCGGCCAAGGAGCUCUUGCAGCACCGGUUUCUGAAGGGAGCAAAGCCCCUGUCCAGCCUCACCCCCCUCAUUCUGGCCGCCAAGGAAGCAACCAAGAACAAUCGAUAGAUGCAUCUUCCCCUGACUGGCUGUCCUGUCCUGACUCCCCUCCCCCCCAGUGAAGGCCCCUCUGCAGGCCUCCCCCAGUCCCGGUAUGCGCCCAGUUGCCAAACGGCAGACGAAAACAAGCCACUGAUCUUCGAAGGGACCUUGUUGCCAUGGGAACUCCACUGUAUAUCCUCUUUGGGGUCCUGAGCUAGGAUGAUAUAUUUUAAUAUUGAGUGGUUAUUUGGCAUAAUAGCAGUUGUUCCUACCAUAGCUCUACAAUUUCACAGGUACAAAUGAUGAAUAGAUUUUCUUUUGCUAGAUUCAGGUUUUGGCUUUUUUUGUCCUCUUGCUAUUUUUACAUCUGUAUUGCAACAAAAUUAAAAAGAUCAGAACUAGUACUCUAUAUUUAUAGGAUAUUCACUAUAUAAAUCCUAUUUAAUAUUGAUUUUAUUUUGCAUAAGGUGUAUCAGUCUGUGCUAAUGUGUGUUAACGGAUUUGGCUUUUUGUUUAUAUCAGUGGUUCUCAAACAUUUUGUUUGGAGAUUCCCCCCCCCCCCCCAAAAAAAAAAAAAAAAAAGAA